GGGCGCAAGGGAGGCUAAUCAAACGGGAAAGAAAAGAGCCGAAAGAACAAAUGCUCAUAAAAACCCUAGUCAAAACGAUUUCUUGGUUCAGAAAGCAAGGGACUUUAGUAGCAGCUGGUGAUGGCCGUUGAAUCCAUGGCGAGCCCUCACGUGGCGAAAUAAUUAGGAGGAGAAAAAGUAAAGGAGAAAGGAAGAGAUAACGCAUGCUAAUUGCUACAUCGCUAAUUAAUGACGUGGAGUAGAGGCCAAAUGGUUCCCAACGAGGUUCAUCCUUCUGUCCCUGGCAUUCUCUGCGCAUUUUUCUUGCAUGCUCUCGCUCUCAACGGUAACCUCACGAAAUAUGGUGUGAAAACCUCUCUCGGCUCUCUAUAUAUACCUCCUUCCAUACCCAAUCUUCAUCAUUCGCCAACUUGCUUAUACUCUCUCUCUCUCUCUCUCUCUCUCUUCUCUGUCUUUCUCUGUCUGUCUCUGUCUCUGUCUGUCUGUCUCUCUGUCUCUCUCUCUCUGCGAGCUAGCUUUGAUUCUCCGUCUCUAAUGGAGUCCACAAGAUUCACCGCGUGGCAGUUCGUGGCGGCAACAGUGUGGUUUGCGACUUGCUCGGAAGCCUGGGAGUUCUACGUGGGUGGCGAGGAUGGCUGGGUGCAAAACCCUUCCGAGUCCUACAAUCACUGGGCGGAGAGAAAUCGGUUCCAAGUCAACGACACCCUUAUUUUCGAGUACCAGAAAGGGAAGGACUCGGUCCUGGUGGUGACGAAGGACGAUUACAAUUCCUGCGACACCAACACCCCUCUUCUCUCCCUUACUGACGGCGCCUCCAGGUUCAAGCUCGACCGCUCCGGCCCCUUCUUCUUCAUCAGCGGCAUCGCCGACAGGUGCAACGCUGGCCAGAAGCUCAUCGUCGUCGUUCUGGCCGUCCGGGACAAGUCCCCCGGCGGUGCCCCGACUCCAUCCCCGGCCCCGCCCGUAGUCCAACCUCCGGUUACACCACCUCCUAAGCCGGAUUCCCCCCCGGGUGCGAGCCCGUCGGAUGCAGAUGCUCCUGUGCCCGGCCCGUCGCGUUCCUCGGCGUCGAAAGCGGGGUUUCCUUGUGCGGGUGGCGUUGGUCUUGUGAUCGCUCUUGGAGUUAGUUUGCUUAUUAAUGGCUAAUUAAAUUGUACUUGGCUUGGCUUAAGUUACUCUUAGGGCUGUCUUAGCUAGGAUUAGGGGUCUAAAGUCUGAGGAUUUUCGUUUUUGCCAACGUUGUUAUUUCAUAUUCUUGAUUAAUAAAUGACUUUUUCUUAGAGGCAUUA